AUGAGGGCGCUGUUGGUGGCAACAUGCAGUCUGACACUGUCCUUUGCGGCCACCGUUGGCGUGAAUCUGCAAAAGCUGAGCAUGACCAAAGAGGAAUUGAAACCAACGAAGCGACCGCCGUAUUUCCAACCAAUUUGGUGCAUUGGCAUGGCAAUCAUGGUCUUGGAUGCCUGUGGCGACUUUGUUUUUAUUGGCUUGGCUCCUCAAUCGCUUUUGGUACCGCUGGGGGCUUGUGGUCUGGGCUUUAACAUUAUAUUGGCUCCCAUCUUUCAUCCCACAGAACGAGUGACUCGCAACAUUGUGGGCGCGACUGGUCUCAUUUACGUGGGGACGAUUCUCACAGUCCUCUUUGCAGCCAACUCGGCGCCAAAUUACAAUCUGCAAAAGCUGCUGGAGUUCUGCGCAACGCCUCCAUUCCUGGCGUAUACAUUGUUCUGUGUGACGUUUCAAAUGGCUCUGGCUUAUCACGGCCGCAACGGGAAAUUCUCGCUGGUCCACUACUGUGGUCUGGCAGGAUGCUUUGGAGGAGAGACCAUAUUACUCGCCAAGAGCUCCAGUGAACUCGUCAGGAAUGCUCUUGUCAAUCAACAAUUUGACGAUUGGACCACCAGCUUCAUUCCCUACCUGUUUGUCGCCGGGAUGAUUGUCUGUGUGCUCACGCAAGUCCAUUUGCUCAAUACCGGUCUGGCGAAAUUCGACACUCUCGUGGUGGUUCCUGUCUUUCAGAGUUUUAUCACCAUUUUCGGCAUUACGGGAGGUCUCGUCUUUUUUCAGGAGUACAAAGGCAUGAAUGAACGAGACGCAGUCCUGUAUGCCAUGGGCAUUGCCGUCACACUGGUUGGUGUUACUAUGCUGAUCCGGGAACGCCGCAGAAAAACGGAGCAUUCACACAAAACGGAUCAGCAAUCAUCGCCGACUGAACUUUCUUCCCAUGAGAUGAUCGUGGAGGAGGAGCAUCUGCGCAAAUCAGAGGAAGAGGGGACAAUACGUCACAGAAGAGUCCAUCACAGCUCGGAAGAACUCGGAGCUCUCGUGUAG